AUGAUUAGUAUGUAUCAGCCUGCAAUUUCAACAGGACCACGCCUCCAACUUGCGUCCAUGCCGCAAUUGGCCGAGGCGAUAAGCGGGCAAGACGACUGGACUGGGACCAAGGAUGCCGCAGCGCGUAGACGGGCACAGACUAGACUCAACACAAGGGCAUACCGAAAACGCAAAGCCCUAGCAAAGAAAGCCGAAGCAUCCAGUGCCGCAACUGGGACACUGAUAAAAUCAGAAGCAUUGGUGGAAUGCUGGGACAUCGAGCAGCAAUCCGUCUCUAUCAUCCCGGCAUCCCACCAUCUCAUCACACUCCUCCAAUUCAACGCCCUCCGCGCCCUGGCCGUCAACCGAACUCUAAUCUCGGGUAUUCUCGUCACACCGCUCGACUGUGAUGAGGAGGUUAUCCACGUAAUCGCCUACCCUACCAAGCCCGAGCUACUCCCUUCAACACUCCUACCCACCACCCUUCAACAAACGGUUCCGCACGGCGACUGGAUCGACCUGUUCCCGUAUCCCGAGGUACGAGACCGCCUGAUCCGGGCCUCCAGCACCUUCGACGAGGACGAGCUGUGGGCCGACUGUAUCGGCGGGCUGUACGAGGGCUUUCCCGACGACGAGAUCCAGCGACGCGGCAUCAUUGCGUGGUCGCCGCCCUGGGACAUCACGGGUUGGGAGAUGUCUGAAGGAUUUCUGAGGAAAUGGGGGUGGUUUUUUGAAGGGUUGCCGAGGGCGUUAGAGGCGACAAAUCGGUGGCGGAUGGAGAGAGGCGAGGAGCCAUUUGUUCAUGAUGACUAAACGCCAUAUGCAACUGUGUGAUAUUUGUGUUGUCCGCCUACUUCUCCGUCAUCGGUCGGGCUGGAUGUUUAAGCCAUUGGAGGUAUUAUUAAACCAGGGAAUG